ACAAACCGAGGGGCAUUAUGUCAUACGCUGCACUGAUUAAGGAAAGGAAGCAAAUGGCAUCAGCCAUUGCACAAGAGGCCCACGGGGAGAUGGAAGAAGUGCCUGACCUGGAUCUGGGGAAGAAGGUCAGCGUUCCUCAGGAUGUGAUGAUGGAAGAGCUCUCGCUACUUGCCAACAAAGGCUCAAAGAUGUUCCACAUGCGACAGAAGAGAGUUGAUAAGUUCACAGUGGAAGGGACCCCGGGCACUCAGGUGAAUGUUGAUGGGACAGUCCCUCAGGAGGGGGCAAAGGAGAACUACAGGUCAGAAAUCUACAUCACAAAACCUGGCUCAAAAGGGACUGGACCAGCUGUGGCCCCAAAACCAUUCGGCAAACUGUCUGCGGCCAAGAAUAUCAAGAUCAUUCUGAACCCCAGCAUCCUCGCCCCAGGUUAUUCCGGGCCUUUGAAGGAAAUUCCACCUGAGAAAUUCAACGUCACAGCUGUUCCCAAGUCAUACCAGUCACCCUGGACUGAAGCAUUGAUGGAUCAACCCGAUCUACUGGAAUCCACAACUAAUCAGCUUCCAGAGGCCCCGGUUAAAGCUCAAUCACAGACCUACAGGUGCUUCAACAGAGCUCCCACUCCCUUCAGCGUUCCUGGUGGUCACAGGAGGUUGCUCGAGCCAUCGAGAUUCGAAGCCAUGGAGAUCCAGGAGGAGCCAGAAGCCUCGGUGAACGUGGAGCGCUUCGCGAACAGACCCAGCUUCAACAGGCUGGCCCAGGGCUGGACUGGACCCCCGCUCCCUGAAUCCGCAGAUCUGUGA